UGAUUGUUUCUGCUCGCAGUUCGAAGACGUCCUCGUGGAUGAACACGUGCAUGACCGCGUGAGGAGAUCAGCUCCAUCCGGUGGAGCUGACGGAGACGACAUUGCUUUCUUCCACGGACCGUCGUUGACAUCCGGAGAACACAAACGUCUCACCAAGCGGGAUGUGGAGGACCACGCCGCUCAUCCGUCGACAGAGUCCAGAAACUUCGAGUUGCGUCUGACUUCCGGUGAGCGACUGCGCAUGUCUGUACAGAAACGUUCCGCCAUGAGUCCCGACGUGACGGUGGUAGAACGUGUCUCUGGCAGGGAGGAGCUGCGCCGUCCACAAGUCCGAGAUUGUUUCUUCAGCGGCGGCCUGGAGGGUGAAGAGGGGCACGCCUCGCUGUCACUGUGUGAUGGACAGGUGACUGGCGGUAUUCACACCAAGAACAGAGACAUCCAGCUGCAAGCCCUUCCGGAGCUGCACGCCACCAGGCGGCGCCGAGAAGCUGAACAUGUGCGCGUGCUGGUCACGUCCUCUCCAGGGACCUCGUACCAAACGCUCGCGGACGAUGUCCUGAAGCGGAUGACCCUUGACAAGAGUGGCUUGAAAUACAACCCUGAAGGGUUAAAUGCUGGAGAGUUCGAAAACUUGACGGUCGAGGUGGGAGUCUACCUGGACCGAGCUUUCAUCAGGAGGGUAGAAGAGAAGCUGGGGCUGAACACAACACAGCAGCUGACGGAUCUCGUCGCUCUCAAAUGGAGUGGAAUCUCGGCUCUGAUGUCAAACCCUUGGCUGGUUGGCUGGAACAUGGCCUUCAAAGUCGUGCACCUGGAAAUUUGGCGAGAGAUACCGACCUGGUACAACGACUCAGCCGAUACUGGCAUGGGGUCACGCAUGGACACAAUUUGUAGGAACACCGUGGACAUGCCCUUCGACUACAUCCUCCUGGAAACCUCGGGCACCGCGAGCAGAAGGAUGGGCUUGUCCUGGGUGAACACCAUGUGCAAUCCACGCUGGCGCUGCUCCGUGGCCAAAGGAUCGAACUUAAACCACUGGAUAGAGGCUCACGAAAUGGGCCACAGUAUGGGGCUUCCCCAUGAACACUCCAUACCUGGGUGUGCGAAAGGUGUCCAUGGGUUCAUGACAACCAGAGAAGCUGUCUUCAGAGAGUGUUACACUCAAGUCCUCAACCGUACUUUAAGAGAGAAGAGAUGCUUGUUUGAGCAAAACGUGGACAUCUCCAACUACAGUCAUCUGGACCAGAUUGAACCUUUGCACAGAGGUCAGCUUUUGGGGUUCGACGGCCAAUGCAGACUAGUAAAAGGAGAAGGAUUCGAGUAUCUUCACAUAUUCCGAGUACAGAGGAACAGAUUUGCAAAAGUCUGACCUGCAUCAGACGAUCACCUGUACCAGAACUUGCUACCAUGAGCGCAGUUUUAGGAACUCCUUGUGCCAAAGAAAAGAUGUGCUAUGAAAAUGGUUGCGUGCCCUGGGUGAACAGUCUGAACCCGAAAUACCUGCGUUCUCUGGAGAAGGACAAUCAGUGGGGGCCAUGGAGUGAGUUCUCUCCCUGUGAAGGCAGGUGUGGUGUGGCUGUCAGUGUCUCAACACGCAGGUGUAACACUCCGGAACCAUACCUGGCGCCAUUCUGUCACGGAGACAGCAUCAAAGCCAAAGUGUGUCCGUUCACUGCCGGCUUGCUCAAACAAAAGCAGCGAGGAGUCGGAGCUUGUGAGACAACAGGCCAACACCAUCUGUAGCAAGAUGAAGGCUACAAGCUCUUUUGCGUACAAUCUGACUGGAGAGGGCCUCGUGAGGAGCACAACCGGUGAGGUCGACAAGUGCACGGUGACCUGCGUUAGUCUCAGUAAGCAGUUGCCAAAUAGUUUUCUUCUACCAGACGGGACCCCAUGCACUGGCACUGACACCGACAAGAGCCUCAACUCUUUGAGAGACAUUUCGUGGCGGUGUGUACAUGGCCGCUGUCUGGCCUUCGGGUGUAACGGCAAAAGCCUGGGUGAUGGAGGCGGUGUGGAGAAAGACGAGUGUGGAGUGUGUGGCGGGGACGGUUCAUCUUGCGAGAAGACUAAUCGUUUGACUAAUUCCCCCGAUGUCGAGCCCUAGUCAGGAGAUUACUUUUUGGAAGGCGAUGACCAGUCCAACGAGACAAAAAUAAGCAGAAUAAAGAAAAAAAAAUGAA